CUUAGAUCUUUCAUAUAAUAAGCUUGAUUUGGAUGUUGGAAAAGCUUUAGCUGAGGCUCUCUGUAAAAACAACACUUUAACUUCUUUAAGUUUUUAUGGAAAUUGCGACAUGAGCACAUUAGAAUAUGUCUUUCAUACAAACACUACACUAGAAGAAUUUUAUUAUUCGGAAGAUUUAGAAACUACUCAAAAUAUAGAAUCGGAAUUGGAGGCCUUGGAUCACUUGAAUCGCUCGUAUAGCUUGAUUCAGACAUCUAAUUUGUGCCUUACACUGUAA